AAGAAAAGGAAGCGUCACGAGUACAAGAUUUCAUAAGAGGGCGAAUCAAUUUGGGACGUGACGUGAUAUCCGCGGAAGAGGAAUAAAGGAACCUGAGCUGUUAUUGAGUGUCACUAUGCAAUGUCGUCUCUCGGUACGUCCUUCGUGCAAAUCAAGUUCGAUGACAUUCACUUCUACGAGAACUGCGGUGGAGGCAGCUUUGGAAGCGUCUACCGAGCCAAGUGGAUCUCGCAGGACAAAGAAGUGGCAGUGAAAAAGCUGCUGAAGAUCGAAAAUGAGGCUGAAAUCCUGAGUGUUCUGAGCCACAGAAACAUUAUUCAGUUCUUUGGAGUGAUCUUGGAGGCACCCAACUAUGGCAUAGUGACAGAGUAUGCCAGCGGAGGAUCCCUCUACGAAUACCUGUCCAGCGAGGAGAGUGAGGAGAUGGACAUGGGGCAGGUCAUGACCUGGGCCAUGGAGAUUGCCAAAGGAAUGCACUAUUUACACUGCGAGGCCCCAGUGAGGGUAAUCCACAGAGAUCUGAAAUCCCGCAAUGUGGUGGUCACCGCUGACAAAGUACUGAAGAUCUGUGACUUCGGGGCCUCCCGGUUCCACUCCCACACCACACACAUGUCCUUGGUGGGAACCUUUCCAUGGAUGGCCCCUGAGGUGAUCCAGAGCCUGCCCGUUUCAGAGACUUGCGACACGUACUCCUAUGGCGUGGUGCUAUGGGAGAUGCUGACAAGCGAGGUUCCAUUUAAAGGACUGGAGGGACUACAAGUGGCCUGGCUGGUGGUGGAGAAAGGCGAGAGGCUUACCAUUCCCAGCAGCUGCCCAAUUAGCUUUGCCGAGCUGAUGAGGAAGUGCUGGAUGACUGACCCCAAGGAAAGACCAAUGUUUAAACAGAUCCUGGCGACUCUGGAGUCCAUGUUAAAUGACAGCCAGCUUCCUGACCAGUGCAAUUCCUUCCUACAUAACAAGGCCGAGUGGAGGUGUGAGAUUGAGGCCACACUGGUGAGACUGAAGAAGCUGGAGAGAGACCUGAGCACUAAGGAGCAGGAGUUGAAGGAGAGGGAGCAGCGACUCAAGCUGUGGGAACGCAAGCUGAUCGAGCAGUCCAACACCCCUCUUUUCUUACCUGUUGCUGCGAAGAUCAGCGCGGAGUCUUUCUAUGAGUCUAGGACGGAGGAGUCGAACAGUUCUGAGAUGUCGUGUCAGAUCACGGCCUGCAGUAACGGGGAAGUAGGGGGUGUGAGCCUGCAGGCCAUGAUGAAGGGAUUUGGGGACAUGUUCUCCAUGGAGCCUGUCCGCCAUUCGGGUAUGCAGGUCAACAUGCAGGCCAAGCAGAACUCUUCCAAGUCCAGAAGCGUCAGAGAGGGACGCAAAAUGAACAUGGCAAUUGAGAGGGAGCCGUUCGGCUGGUCCGAUGACAGUGACUAGGGCCCUCUCUCCUCAGGAGGGCCGGGUGGGGCUCCGAUGGGCAGGUGGGGUUAGAGCGGUCGUCAUCCAACAACACUGGCCUUUGUUAAAACUGCCGCCACAGCUGCGCUGCUACACCCUCGUAGGAGGUCACAGCACCAUGGAUGAGAGUGCCUUCAGGACUCGCACGGUUGUCAGAAGUGCCUUUUCAUUUAAAGUUUUUUUUGCUGCUCUUUUGAUCGAUCUCAUUUAUAUCAAAUGAUUAGCCAUUUCCAAGGAGGUGUUUUUCACGAGAGCUAUCAUUUAUUCCUUUUUUUGCAUUUAGUUCUAUGGGAAGCCUCAAUCACUUGAUUUCUUUUUUAAAAGAGUGAUCAGGCAUAUCAAAACCAAUGGCAGCAGGCUUUAGAAAUCUUUUGAAUUCCUUCCUGGUGCUAUGUAUAGAAUGUUUUAGGGGGCCGUAUGCCUUCACAGUUCUUACAGAUGUCAGCUGGGUCUAAUGUACUGCAUAUAUAGUGCACCAUGCUGUGCAGAAAGAGCCAAGAGAGGAAGUUGUAUUGAAGAGGCAAUACAUCCAUAAUAAAGUGACAUUUCACUGACAUUAAGAUUGGCCUAUUAUAGGAGUGGAUAGCACGCGAUGCAGUCUCACUCCAGGACAGAUUCUGAGACAGCCCCCACUGACCCGAGAGAACUCCUGUCGCGACAGUGGGAGUGGAACGAGCCGUAAUCAUAAUUCGCAUCCAGCCUCUGCCACUUGGAGGCCGUGCUUGCAUAGCACCUAUUUGUGCGCUUUGGCUACCAAGCCCGCUCCAACAAAAUGCUUUUGUGUGAGCUGUUGAGCCAUGCCCCACAUGACACCUAAUCAGCUUGUUUGGUUUUGGUCACAUGAUGGGGUUUCAGUCAACAGGUGUCAUAGAUAAUAGGACACAGACCAUAGGGUGUGAACACCUGGAGGAGGUAUCCUAUGAUGGCAUAGGGGGUGGGGAAAAACAUAUACAACACUCAUAUAUGUUUAUGUCUGCAUGUCUUUACCUGUCAUUCUGGAGGAUUUUUUUAUUUAAAUACUUUUUAUUUCUUAGUUUUUUCUUAGAGGAGAAAAUAAUACAUUUUAGCAAUUUGAAACUAAUGACAGUCCACUAAUAUCAAAUACAACAGAAAAGAAAUCCAAAGUACAGUAUACAAUAUAAAACUCCACAAAACAUUCAAACAGUCACCCCAUUCCUCUUUUUACCAAACCUGACACUUUAUGUUUGCUUUGGUCAGCUCUCCCAUUUAAAGGUGCAGAUUUUGAACCUCUGUAUUGCCACUGUUUCUAAACCAAACUCAAUACCAUUUUGCAGGUCGACUAUGGUCACCAUGGGCUGCCCAAAUACUGAUUUUGGAAUCGCUACAUUAUGCCAUUAUUAUGUUGUGGAUUCCCCUAAAAAAUGUGUAUAAAAAUUUCCUUUCCUUCAUAUCGCUCUGGCUUGCCAAGUUAGAUUCCGUGAUAUUUGUAUGCUAACUUUAUUGUAUUCUCGCGGGGGUGUUAUGUGAUCGCCUGGAUGGCCAUCCAUAAACCAGUCUCUGCAUUCAAGGGUGAAGUUUAAGUGCCCAUUACCUUCUGGGAAACACAGGCUGGAGAUUCAAGCUAAACACAUCCAGUGAUGCCCUUAGAAGUUUUGCCCCAUAUUUAGGAAACUGCUAUACUGACAGUGAUUUUAAAAAUGCCUACACACAUAAGCAUUUAAUCCAAUUGAAAUAACCGAGACUGAGAGUAUAAUAAAAGAGUCCAAAACUGAAAUAAUAAAAAGUCUUCACCUGCAAUUUAUAUGACAAUAUUAUAUUAUAGAUAUUAUUAACAUUAUUAAUGCAAAAUGUACAUUUCAGGUUUGGAUGACAGAGAAGACUAUAGCCCCUUGCAGAAGGGUAACCUAGAAUCUUACAGCAAAUAUAUGAAAGACCAGGGAUUUAUUCUUAUAAAGAAAUGGCAUAUUUCUGCUUUUAUUGCUGUUAUAGCCUACUCCUUUUGCUGUUGUAUUCCGACUCAAAUAUUUUCCCAAUUAAUUAAACGAACGGAAAACGCGGCUUUGAACUUAACUUUAGUUUAUGAAUGUGAUUAAUAGUAAAAUAGUAUUCACUGCUUCCUGUCUCCAUUCAGAUCAAUCUCAGGUUUCCACUUCCCUAAAUUAGGCACUCUGUAGUUAACAAUGUUACUUAGGGCUCAAGCCGUUAUUGAUCAUAUCCUAAAUGACAAUGGUAUUUUAUCAUCAGUAGACACCACUUUAUCCUCAUCACCCUCAUCGGCAAUAACUAUAGAAAGUAGGUCGAAUGAAACCAGAGUAAACAACAAAGUCAGGCACAUAUUUCAAGUGCCAAUGCAUGUUCCAGGGCAUGCAUGUCAUUCUUGCAAAUAUCAUGUUAUAUGGUUAGGAUUACAGUAGGAAAAUAAAAAUAACGAAAUUAUUGAAAACAUCGUAACACCGUAUAUGUGGUGUCUAGUUUACACUGGCUUUUGAACUGUUUGGCUCUCCAUAGAAAAUACCCCAUCAUAUUGCUAACCAGCUCAGUGUCUCUAGCUAGUCAACAGUAGCUAAUAACGUUAACAUAUUUGACUUUAAAUUAAUCAGUAAAUGUGUAUACUCCUGGCUGCAUGUCUUGCUGUUGCUGGAACUUACUGGAGCUGGGUUACUUUUUUUAUCCUCCACUCCAACGUUUGCUACAAUGAUAGCUAUCUAUCCUACUCAGUCCCAGUCCUCACAAGCUGUCAAAUUAAUGAUACCGCUUGCAUUGAAUUUGCACCGAAUCAUCCAGGGCUGAAGCAGUUGUCGAUGAUACAUUACAUUACAUUAUUGGCAUUUGGCAGAUGAUCUUAUCCAGAACGAUGUACAAAAAUGUUCAUACCCAUAACCAGGAACAAGUGCGCUGAAAUGUAGGAUGAUUGAUGCUUACGUAAGAACAACAAACCAGUUACAUAGCCAAAUGAAUGUAGCAAAAAUAGCAUCCUAGUGAACAUAAGUAAUGACACACUAUUGAGAACUGAAAAAUAACAAAUACUGGGAGGUAGAUUCUCCAGAUUUUUCAUAGGACACCGCUGCGAUGUUCUCGGAGAGGGACAGUCUGUUGUCCAUCACCACUCCGAGGUUCCUUGCACAGGGUGGUGGAGGUCUAGCUGGCUGUUCUGGGAAAAUAAAUAAGAAACUUGGUUAAAAGUUAAAUUGUUUUGGAUAAGAAAGGAUGGUAGUUCUGGAUGAUGGAGGUGUCCAGGGUGGGCUUUUUCAGCAAUGGGGUGAUCUGGGCCCCCUUGAAGAACGAUGAAGCAGCCAGAAGACAGGGAGGAGCUACACGUUGAUGGGGAACAGGCUGAUGUCAGUGUUGGGGCUGAUCGAUUUAAUUUCGGCAAAUGCAAACAUUUCACUUAAAAUAUAGUUUUUGUAAUUAAUGUAGCUGUAGUAACAUGUGGUGCUUAAGCAAACACAGUUUUGAACACAGGCCAGUGUUUGGGUUGAUGGCGUCCAAACUAAGCUGUUAGGAUGCCCCCCCCUCCUUUCUCUGUAUCAAAGUUAUGUCUGAAUCUGUAGAGAACACUGCACAUACAAACUGCCUUUGAGACCUUUACAGCAUUCCAGACAGUUAGUCAGGAGCGCUUUUCCAUUUGAGUCCAGCAUGAUGAUCCCCUCCUUGUUUAACAAAACAGUGUGGCCUCUCAGGCACUCAGUGCCAUCAAAGUAGUGAGCAAAGUGAGCAAAGACUCACCAAAAAGGAUAUCUUGUGUGGAAAUGUUUCUUUCUUUCUGACGCUACAGUGAAUAACAUACCAUAGGACUGUGGGAAAUGAAGGAAGCAUCUUUUGGUGAAAGUUAAAUGAAAUCCCAGUGAAGGUGGUAGUUUUGAAAGGGAGGCCCAGCUCAGCUGAAAGAGCUGGCUGUAUGUAUUUGCUUUUUAACCAUGCUGCUGAAUACUUAAAUGGCUUCCUCUAUAUAUGUGUCUGUUACCAUUGGCCUAUCACUUUCAGUAAAAUUACUCUGUCUCAUUUAUUUUUCUUUUUUUAAUUUGGCCGCUUUUAUUUUCAAGUAUUAAUAUGUAGAAUUGCAGUUUUAUUUUGCAUCUAGGAUUUACCUCCAGUAAUUCUUCCCCAGAUAUAACGACUGAAUUCAUACUGUGACACAAUCCUAUUUACAGUAUUUUCCACAUCUUUUUGACAGGCCUUUUGAUGUGAAUUUAUUUUUCUGCUUUCUCCUCUCUGUUCUUUUUUCAAUAAACAUUUGACAUGAAA